CGAAGCUCUGCCCAAAUAUUUCUAGAGAGCAAAAGCAUAGUUUGAUCAAAACCAAACAUCCGAAGUAAGUUCUUCUUCCGUUCUUGAGUUUUUUAGCAUACUUUGCUAUUCCGGCCUUAGAUUUAGUGUUAGAGCUCUAUAGGAAGCCCUCUACUUUUGAACCCUUCUGCUUCUAGUCUUUCAAAAAUGUUGUCGCAAAGUGAUUCUCAAGAUAUCUCGAGGGAGCCCUCUGUUCAAUCCGAGACCUGGUCGGAUGGGAGGUCAGCAAGUGAAGAGGCCUUGUCUCACGACGAUUCUGCCGUAGCCGAGGCUGAGGACUUCAAACAAGUGAACGAGGACGAGGAGCUUGCUCUCGCUAUGCAGACUGCUGAGGAGGAGGAAGAGCGUCGUCGAGUUACCAUUACUAUCCCUUCGGCUAUCCCUAGUGGGGCAGGAACUUCAAGACCCCUCAGCCCUGAUCCCCAUCGGACUGCACCGUUGAUGAAGGGCAAGAAGAAGAUGAAGGCCCCCCAGAAGAAGAAGAAGAAGAAGAAGAAGAAGAAGAAGAAGAAGAAGCAAAAAGUAGCGGACUCUGGGAAGCCGGUGGGGAUACCCGAGGGACAUUCCUUCUUGAACACUGCUGCCCUCUGUUGGAGAUCAUUUUAUUGUGAAUCAAGCUUGUCAGAUGUCUUUUAAUAGCUUAGCUUUUAUUGUAUCCUUUGUAAUUAAUGUUUGUAUUUAUUAGGGUAUAAAAGGUAUGGGGCCAAUGUGUCAGGCCCAUAUCAGGCUGAAAGCCUUUACGCAAACCUUAACCUGCGCAUAUAAAAAGGCGCUUUAGGUUUAGGUUUGCGUUAACUUUCGUACUCGAUCAAAAUAGCCUUAGCGCAUAUCAUUCUCUGUACGAGUUCACGGUAUAUCAAAGAGGGAUUUCAUCGA